AUACGAAUCAAAGUGGUGACUGGUUUCGGUGGACGUGAUGUUCAAUUAGAAAUACCCUUUAUCUUGUGCCACCCACGUAAAGAACAAGAAGUAGUGAAAGCUGAAGCCGCAGCCAAUGAUUUAGUCAUUGAAAAGUUUAAACGACCAAAAGCAAAACGUUUAGCAUCCGAAGACGUCGACAGUAAUUGA